CCGCUCGCUGCAGCCUGUAGGAAGGCGGAGUUGGACAUCCAACUCCGCCCACAUCCAACUCCGCCCAUAUCCAACUCCGCCUUAGGUCUAAAGCAACACCCACGUUAUGUCCAUCACAAACGCCUACACUUACUCCCGGUAAACAGGAACUGUAGCCGAGAAAGCAGCUAGAGCAUUUAUCUGAUUUAUAUCUCCGGUUAUGGCGCAUCCAACAUAUGUCCAGGCCACUCCUGACCCUUCACGGUUUUGCCAGUGUGGUGUCUUCAAAUGCCCCUGCUGCAGUUUUGACACUGACCAGCGAUUUAAAUUCAGCCUACAUCUACAAAACCACAUCAAACAAGCAGUAGAGCAUAACGGUUCCUUCAUCUGUAAAUGCAGCAAUAAUUGCAGACCCACAGCACACUUUCAUUGUGUCUACUGCAGCCAGACAAUAAUACGCAAAGACCAGUUCAGAAAUCAUUUGUCUCUGUGCAGCAGUGCAACCAAGACCACUAUAGCAGAAGGGUUUAAUCCACAGACUGUUGCUGCUUCUGAUGCAUGUCCAGCUCCCCCUCCGCCAGCUACUCCUGAUACACCUUCUCCCAGUUCUGGUCUUGCAUCCUCUGUGCCACCUCCACCUCCGCCACCACCGCCGCCACCACCUCCGCCACCACCUCCACCUCCGCCACCACCUCCACCACCUCCACCUCCGCCACCACCUCCACCACUCCAGAGAGAGAAGAAAGCUACAGUGAUGUGUAGUCACUGUGGAAUCAUCCUUAAUAGACGAAACCUACGACUGCACAUCCUAAGACGACAUGCUCCUAUAAAAUCAGACAUAACAGCCAGGAACCACCUCAGUGCUCAUUGUGUUGACUACAAAAAUGGUGUGUUUGCAGUCUCAAAGUCUUUCACGGCACCCAGCACACCAAUACAUGUAAUUAAAAGGACAUGGGGUCCUGACCAAAAAAUUAAAUGUGAGAUGGACAUCUGCAGAAUUAAUGCAGAGUGUGCAGAGAGAUCAAAUCUCCGUCCAUUUGAGUGCCACCACAUUCAAUCCCUCACGUACUGUCCACCAUCCGAAUCAGACACUUCAUCUCUCACAGAAGACGUUUUAGAUACUAUGGUGCGAGACAAGUGGUUUGGUGAGGAUAAAAAACAAAAAUGUUUGGCACGUCAGCAAGAGGCAAAUGAUGCGGGAGCCAAGUUAUCAUGUGUGGUGACUGUGUGUGGACCUCCCUCCAAAAAGUAUGUUUCUGUGUUUGAGGGAAAGAUAUCGUAUUAUAGCAGACUUGGUAGAGUCAUGGUCACAUAUGACUCUAAAAACAUUUCAUGGCAUUGCCCAUGUGCAAGACCAAGACAGUCCUGCAUCCACAAAAUGAUUGCCAAGUGGCAUUUAUUUGAAACUGACCCCACACUCUUCAGAAGAACCAGAAGUGUGGAAGAAAACUUAACGCAACAUUUUCCCACUGAAGUUGAAGGCACUGAUCAAGCCGAACAGAGCCAAUACCCACCUGAGGGCAAAAAUCUUUCAAGGAUGGUUCAGUACAUUUUUCACAAGAAGAAACUGCCUGCAGUGCUACCCCCAGAUGUGGUCAAGACCAACAAUUUUCCUGAGCAUUUCAUACCAUCAGAAACCUUCUGCACAGAAUGUUUAGAGCAUACUCCUCUAAGUGAACCACUGCUCAUAUCAUCAAAGGCCAAAAUCUUGACCGUCACAGAUGUGAUAGAAGGAAUUUCUACGUACAGCAAAUUGUGCUACAGAUGUGGCAUGGUAUAUCGAUACCAGGAAUGGUCUGAUGGCGUCCAUAAUUUUGAUGACCACAUACUUCUGUCCAUGUACAUGUGCCAUUUCUUACGCAACAGUCUUCAGACACACCAGGCUGUUGGUAGUGCCAUUGAAGUGUUGGAGAAAACCUCUGGUAAAACCUAUCCUUCCAAGCAAAGGAUCCUGCAUGCCUACUUGAGCUUUGAAGCACUCUCAGACCUCACUUACACAUAUUCAUGUGUAUCGUGUGGUUAUCAUCCAGCAACUGUUGUGAUGGACCUUCAUAAGAAGGGUGUUUUUAGCAUGCCUGUAAGCAGCAUUGAGGAACCGCCACAGAACUUUGAUGGCAAAGUGAAUGCUAAGGAUUUCUGGGAAAUGGUUUCUCUUGAAAUGAUCAGUCGUGGGUUUGUUCAAAGUCCUAAGGCAAAUCCUUUUGUGGUCCAUCCCAGUUACCAUAAUUGGGCACCGUGGAUUGGUCCUCACACUAGAGGUUCGGAUUUUGUACUCAACACAGAGUACAAAAAAGUCCAUUCUCCUUAUAGUGCAGUGAAGGAAGCAGAGUUUGACCUCACAGAGGACCGACUGACCGAUGAACUUCUUAAGCUCAAGAUGGAAGUUGUGCGUUCUCUGUGCAAGCAGUGUGGCAUAGACCCCAAGGGCUCAAGGAUGGACUUGGUUGGAAGACUGCAAAAUGAAAUGAAGAACAGAGCAAGUUAUGACAAGGUGUUUUCACAGAUCUGGGGAGCUUCUGGUGGAUGGGCUGUGGUCACCUGUCCUUGUGCUGUGGUGUACAGUGUAAAAUUUAACAUAAGAGCUGAGAGCCCAAGGGACUUUGCUGAUCUGUUGCUGUCAAUGAAACAUUUUCCAAAUGUUUCAUUGUAUGAUUUUGCCAGAGGGUUGGCUACACAUACAAAUUUACGCAAACCGGAAACAUUGCCUUUCAGUCCUUAUGAGGGUAGGCUGCUUGAACCCACUGAAGAAAACAUCACACUUGCCACUACUGGGCAGAUAAAAGUAAACUUACCGUGGCUGGUCAACAAGAAGCCUGUACCUGAUAAAAAUGCCCACCCUCUGACUGGAUCAUCUGAGCAUUAUGCUCUUUAUGAUCGAUUUCAUGAGGCUAACUCCAAAGAUGUCCGGGAGGUCUUGCGCAAGUUGGAACUGGUCCCAGAGUUAUGUGGUUGGGUCAACAGCCAAUGUGCCGAACAGCUCUUCUCUGGAAUGAAGAAAAACAAUCAUUUUCUAAAUAUGAUGACUCCCUCGUCACACGUCUUUUUGAUGCGAAGCAUUUUGAAUCACUACAACAACUAUAGGAAUUUAAAAACAUUAGAAAACAUGAAGAAGAAUUUGGGCAUUGGACUGGACAUACAAUUGAACAACUACGGUCAGACAGUGUUGGCAGCAGCAGAAGCUCCGUCCGAAGGAGCAGCAGCAGCAGAAGCUCUAGCUGAUAGAGCAGCAGCAGCAGAAGCUCCGUCCGAAGGAGCAGCAGCAGCAGAAGCUCUAGCUGAUAGAGCAGCAGCAGCAGAAGCUCCAUCCGAAGGAGCAGCAGCAACAGAAGCUCCAGCUGAAAGAAUGAUUCAAGCUGCUGCAGCAGUCCAUGGACCUGUGCCAUCCACUGGAUCAGCAGGGGAUAUAGUAGUGUGCAAUGAUGACUGUUGGGGACUAUCGCAUCUGGACCACAUAAGUGCCAAACUCGCGACUGGGGACUUGGAGAAAAGGCUUUCUUAUGUGCUGGAUCCCACAAAAUCAGAUACUGAGUGGUUGGGAUUCCUGGGCACCACUGUUUUAUCAAGAUGGGACUUCCUGACCUUAGGAUUAAAGCAACAGUUGGAAGCAAAAAUUGCCAACUGUUGCUUUGAGAUGGUCUGCAGGUUUGCCAGGGAAAAGGGAAAAGAUGUUCACGCAGUGGAUGCCUACGUUGUUGCCACCUGGCAUCCACCUUGCCAACAAGACCCUUUUCUUGCUCUUCCUGAUGAUGCUGCAUUCAAAGACUGCAUCCUGUUCCCUGUGUGGAAACCUGGACACUGGUUCCUCUGCGUCCUGAUGCCGAAACUUUUUAGGAUUUAUCAGCUUGACUCAGCUAACCCUACUGGUUCUGGAGACACGAGCAGUUUGACUAUUUUCAGCUCAAUUGCAAUACGACUGGCCCCUGGCCACUGGAAGCUCAUCAAAAACAAGAACAUUCCUGCUCAGAUAGAGGCUGAUGACUGUGGUAUUUUCAUGAUCAUGUAUGGGUUAUACAUGGCACUCGGUUGGCCAUUUGACUUCAGCCAGCGUGAUAUCCCACAGCUCCGGAGAUGGUGGUGCCGAAUUCUUUUAGAGAACAUGUCAAAUGAAGGAAUGACUAGCUGUAAUGCACCAGAAGAGGCAAGUGAGCAGGAUGAGUGCAUGAAGAAGGAACCUGCCAGGAAAGUUCAGCGUGUUGAACGUGUGACUGAUGAAGGAGAUAGAAUGGGCCACGUCUCCUUUCACCAGAUGCCCCUUAUGGUCAUUGAGGACAUUCUCAUAGACACAGUUCUGGAAGAGGGUGACAAAGCUUUUUUAAAGCUGUCACUGGUUUGUCGUCUCUUCCGGGACAUUGUUGGACAACAAUCAUUCCGGGCCCGGGCACAUUUCGAGUGGCUUGACAGUGUAGUGCCAUGGAAACAUCACAGUGCUGCAUAUAAAGACGAGUUUCGCAGGAUGUAUGAACUGCAGUGCUGCCAGAACUGUCAAGAAAUUUAUAAAGACUGCAUACUGGGCUACGUUGGGCGUGGGAGACGAGGGGAGCUUGUGGCAUUUUACAGCGACAACGAGCACCCUGGAUUCUGCAGCCAGUUCUGCAGCCAGCUUUACGAGGAUCUGGGUGUGUGA